AAAAAAUCCGGCGAUGGUGAUAAAAUCUGAUUUCUGAUAAAAUACGAAUUGUUUGGAAUCUGUGUGUGAAUUUCACUUUACGAAUAUAUUCAUGUACAUACAGAGCAUUUCUUUUCACCAACAUUCAACUAAUGCAUUAAAUUCAUAUCCAAUAUAAUCGACAAUCAUCUGUAAAUAAGUUACAAGUUCCUUAUUCCGUAACCAUGGUACGAAUGGAGAAUGAUGCAUUCCUAGAAGCUCUCAAGAAGCUCUUUCAAAUUAAUCGGGCCGAGGGAUCAGUUGUAUUAACCAUGAAAAGGUAUGAUGGUCGAACAAAACCCAAGCCGAGUACGGGUGAAGCUUCAUCGUCCCCUUCGGAAUUCAUGUGUUUGGUUAGAGCUUAUUGUAGUAAAAGUGAUAAGAAUAAAAUCAGUACAGUGAUACAUCAAAAAGAAGCCGUCAAGUUCCAAAUGGCAUAUAGUAAUCUCUUAAAGACUAGCAUAGAUGGACUGAAAAAGACCCGAAAGGCGAAAAAGACGAAAGCUUGAUGUGUAUUUUUGUGCCUGGGAGGUUUAUCGUAAUAACUUUAUCAUAUUUUGUACAUACGGAAUCUGUAUCGCGAGAUGUUUGUUUUUUUAAGUUUUUCAAUUACUAUGUAGGUAUUCAUUUGUUUUCUUAUUAAAACAAAACACGACGAA